AUGUUGGUGGUUCAAUUCCAUGUCAACAUUGCAUGCAGCGAAGAUGUAAUACGUACGUUACCGACAAGAAAAAACAUCGACUGGGACCAUCCAGUUGUUUUUGGUAGACGUGAGGGUGCUGAUGUCUUCAUAAACGAUAUACACGCUUCGCGAAGCCAUGUAGAACUGAAGGGACAGAUACUAUCAAAUGAUCAGGUUCGAUUUAUGACCAGAAAUGCCAGCGAAAAGCAAGGCUAUAAUUUGAAUGAACAAUAUAUCACUGAUGAUAAAUGGAGAGAAUUAAACAAAGGAGACAAAAUCAAAAUUGCCGGGCUGAUUUGUGAUGUGGACAUUAACCCUGCAGGAGCCAUUAUGGAUAGGGAAAAGUUUGUUAUAGAAUUUAUAUGGCCACAAGCCCACAGUUAUCUGGCCGUCCCUGGCCAGAUAUAUUCAACAACAAAUUCACCCAACGAUCAACCAGAUUUUGAUAACCAUAAUCGUGUACUAAAUUUUCAACUUUAUGUCAACCCCCCUGAGAAUUUGGUGGCACCUCAACCAGUCCAUGGAAGUUACGUUCAACUUUCAAAUUUACCACCAAAUAAUGGUAUGCAACCAAAUUGGAUGUACGGUGGUAUUCAACCUGGUCAACCUCAUCAGGCAG